AAACCCGUAUUUUGAAUGCUGAAAUUCGAGUCGGUUUGUCAGAUGAUAUAUCAGAAAAUAGUCAAUGUGGUGAAAAAAUAACUUCAAGCCAAACCAGUCAGGCAAACAUUCAUAUCCAAUGUAGCAGUCCAAUCGUUGGGCGUUAUGUCAGUAUGCAGCUGGUAGAUAGAUCUGACCUUCUCAACUUUUGUGAAAUGCAGGUCAUGGCUGAAGGGUCACAACCAGCACUAGAGAAUGUAGCGAUCGGUAAGACAGCAAUGCAAAGUAGCGAUUGGUCGGCUUCCUACCCGGCAAGCAAUGGUGUGGAUGGUAAUACAAACACAAAUUGGAAUAGUGGCAGUUGUACCAGCACCAAAGACAACCAAAAUGCCUGGUGGAAAGUAGAUCUUGGUGGAAAUUAUCUUGUUCAUGAAGUAAUUGUUACUAAUCGCCUAGAUUGCUGUGAAACCCGUAUUUUGAAUGCUGAAAUUCGAGUCGGUUUGUCAGAUGAUAUAUCAGAAAAUAGUCAAUGUGGUGAAAAAAUAACUUCAAGUCAAACCAGUCAGGCAAACAUUCAUAUCCAAUGUAGCAGUCCAAUCGUUGGGCGUUAUGUCAGUAUGCAGCUGGUAGAUAGAUCUGACCUUCUCAACUUUUGUGAAAUGCAGGUCAUGGCUGAAGUUCCUUUAUUGAUGGAAGCAGAGGACGAAGCGAUUGGCAGUGAGAAACCAAUGUUACAUGAAAAUGUUGGACUAAAAGGAACAGCAAGCCAAAGCAGCACUGCUUAUGAUGGACCAGCUCAUUAUGCAAAUGAUGGAAAUGAUGAUUCUAUAUAUGGUGAUCAAAGUUGUAGCCAUACUGCAAAGGAACAGGGCGCUUGGUGGAAACUAGAUUUGGGAGAAACAUACUCUAUUUCUCAAGUGGUAAUAACAAAUCGACAGGAUUGUUGUUCUGAGAGAAUUGAUGGAGCUGUUGUGUUAAUUGGUGGCAAUUCUGAUUUAAGCCAAAAUGACCAAUGUGGAGAUCAAAUAGACUGGAACGCAAACACAUAUGGAGAGAAGAUCACACUUGAUUGUCAGCUAAAUGGACGUUAUGUUGGGGUACAAUUGAAAGAUCAUAACAACUAUUUACAUAUGUGUGAGGUGGAAGUGUUUGGAAAGAAACAUCACAAAACUACUCCUUGUUCACUGAAUUGGACAUAUUAG